AAAGGGAUGGAUUGUCCUUCUUUGGUGGAAACGAUUGCGUCACGACACUCCUUCCCUUUGGCGUGUACAAUAAUCACUCUCUUCAGUUUCCACUUUCCAUCCUACAUCGUAGAAAGAGUUGUCUGCCCUUUUCCUGCUUCCUCCAAGGAGAGUAUAUCGCCGGAAGUUUAGGCAGUCUAUAUUAUUGGUUUAUAUUUUGUGAUACUUUAAGCGAGAUUUGAAUAAGUCUGCUUGAUACUUUGCGAGAACUUAGUCAUUUGCAUUAGAUAGGAAAUAGCCAUAGCUUACCACUAAUGAUUCUUUUUUAUGUGUAUUUUUCUUAAAUUCUAAUGAGUUUUAAAUACGGGACAUGUGAAAAUAAAUGGCUAACUCUAUCAAGAAAAUAUGCUUCUGUUUCAUACGAUCCAUGGAUAUUACUUGCACUUAGAAGGUAGUUUAUUAACUUUGAGUAGAAAUUAAAUAUUUCUAUAGGAUGCGUUUAUUUUUUGAAUCAUUCUCAACUAAUAUAGUAGUGGAAUAUACAGUUAAAUAUAGAAUUUGUUUAUUUUUGUAGAAGAAUGAAUAUUUAUCCAGAAAUAUUCGAAGAUCUAACAUUUCAAAUAAAGAAACGUUUUGGAACAAUCCAACUUAUCUGAAUUUCAGUUAAGAAAAUAACUUUAUGCAUGAAGUUCAUAAAUUAUCCAUGGAUGUUCUGGAGUUAAGAUAAAUCAGUCUUCUAAACCAUUCUUUUAUUGCCACUGAAAUAUUUGGUCUUUUAGUGAUUAACAGCUUGGAAGUCUUCUGUUUUGAGAAUAAUAAACAAUUUUUUAUAGUUAUAUUAAAAUAAAUUAUCAAACCAAUAAGAUAAUUUAAUGUAAACGCGUAAUAAUUCAUGCAAAGGAGUAUUUCUAAUUUACAUAUUCAAAAGCUCGAUAUUUUUGCAGGAUGAGAUAUACAUUUGUUUGAAUCUGAUGGCAAUAAAACACGUGGACUUCGCACAAGAAGCUUUCAGUGCUUUAUACCAAAAACUGGAAAAUUUUCAAGAAUAUUUAUGAUGAUACUUUUCUAAUUUAAUGAAUCAAAGUUAGAGUUAAUUUUAUGGAUAAAAAUUGACAUUUUGAGAAUUAAAUGUGGACACUGGAUACUUCGAUAACCAACCUCGACAUACUAAAUACCAUUAUGGGUAGCUCAUGAGUAUACCAGCAUGUUAUAUUAUUCUAUAAUCAGCUUUCUAAUUGGAGAUGAAAUAUUUUGAAUCCUCGGUCAAACGGGGAUCAAACGGUGGAGGAGGAAGCAGUUCUCUGCGAUCUUCAGAUACUCCAGACGACCUGUCGCUGUCUCCCGGUGGCUGCCCGACCCCGUCGUCCGGUGACCCGGACUCCGAGCUCUCUUAUACGGUCGGAGUGACCGAAAAUACACCCUAUGGGUGUCAGUUUUGCGACAAGGCCUUUCCUAGGCUUAGCUACCUCAAGAGACACGAACAGAUUCACAGCGACCAGAUGCCGUUCCGUUGCGACUAUUGCCAAAGGCUGUUCAAGCACAAACGCAGUCGCGACCGUCAUGUUAAGUUGCACACUGGUGACCGCAAGUACCGGUGCUCACAAUGCGAAUCAGCCUUUUCUCGCAGUGAUCACCUUAAGAUUCAUAUGAAGACGCAUGAUAAUGGGAAACCAUACCAGUGCACGGUGUGCAACAGAGGCUAUAAUACGGCUGCGGCACUUUCUUCCCACAUGCAAAACCAUAAAAAGACUGAAACAGUGUCCGAACAAGGGAACUCUACAAUUUGCAAUCAAGGCGGCUCUGCAAACGCAAGUGAAUCACUGUGUGAGAAAGAUGGCACUAGGGAUGGUGACUCUCCUGAUCCCCCAAAACCACUGCUUUGUAAUUUCUGUCCCCAAGUGUGUUCGUCUCCUACGGCUCUCGGUGAACAUGUUCUACAGAGUCACCGAACGUUCACUACCACCUCCUCCUCUCUUUCUCUCUCUCCCCGGCCUCCUUCCACCAGGAACUGCUUCAAGUGUCUGGAUGAACUUUCGUCGCCCAAUGCCAUCUGUCCUCACAAAAAGGUGAAUACGGAAAUUGAGAGAGAAAAGAAUUCUCCUGAUUGUAACAACGUUAAAACUUCUGAAUCGCUUUCUCCGAGUAUGAAGUUAACCUGCGGGUUCUGUUCCAAGUCCGAUUUCCCUAGCUUCGAAUCUUUGCAGCUCCACGUACAAGUGCUCCACGUGCCGACUGGAGGGACAGACAGUGCUCUGGCGGCUUCUAUCCGUUCCCUACAGUCCUUGCUACAUAAGCGUCCGCCCCCAAAUUCACAUGCAGAAAAUAUGUUAGGAUUUCCCAAUUUGGAUUGUGAUUCCAGCUUCUCGGCUUUACACAUGCUCCAGAAGCAUGCUGCUUUGGGGGAGAGCCUAAUGCUGAAACGUCCUAGUGACAUAUAUUGUUCUCAGUGUAACAUAGGUUUCACUUCAUCCGCUGCUCUCCUGGACCAUGUGCAGAUGGUACACGAAACUUCUGGACCAAAUGUGUCACGAUCCUCAUCCUCACCAGUCAGCAACCAUUCUAGCAAGAGGUCCCUGGCCAGUUCUCGCACGAGGCCAAAUGGAACGAAGCACUUAAAAUCGUCCAGUAUGUUAGUAACUCAUUCAGCAGUCUUCAAUGGCAGCACAAGUUCUCAUUAUAGAAGACAAGAUCCUGGCGGAGGGCAGGGAAGCCUAGGAGCAGGCCAGAAUCCGGCUAACAGUGCUACCACUUUGCUCUGUAGUCAGUGCAAUGCUGGAUUUCAGGACUUCGAGUCAUUUCGGACGCACCUCAAGAGUCAUCUGGAUGCAGCAGCAGCGGCUUCUGUCUCUGGAGCAGUCCCUACUUCAACAACUUCAACAGCCUUACAGCGCUAUACUUGUCCCGAGUGUAAUGCAGAAUUCGGGAAUGAGUCACUGCUGGAAAGUCACGUGACGAGCCAUUUCCUUUCUGCCACCACAGAAUACGGAUGUCAGUCUUGCAUGAAACUCUUCCAGAAACCAGACGAACUCCAGAAACAUUUGAUGGAUGUCCACGCUUACCAUCUUUAUCGCUGUGCCCUCUGUAAGCAAAUCUUUGAUUCAAAG